UUUUGUGGGAAGUGAUUCGCAGGUUUGGGUUGUCCACCCUCAAAUAUUUUUAACUUAAUCAGAAUAGAAAAGAAAACACGACAAAGAAGAAUGUCUUCAGCAUCUGGCAACACUAUUUGCAUCUUUGGAUUAAUGAUGGUUUUGGCCUUACUUGCUGGUAAAGUAAGCACCGACCAAGGAAUUCAAAGGACGCAGAAUGUGGCAACAGUUCAAACGUCAGCCAAUGGAAUACAGACCGCAGACCGGCGAAUGAGUUUAGAAGACUUCUUCCUGAAUCGAAACUCCCAGCAAGUGGGUUCUCCUGAUCAGCAAGGUCAGCAGUAUGAUCAGCCUAUUGCAGCAGCCCAACAGACAAAUCCUAAUUCCGUUGUCUUUGUAAGGGAUGCCAAUAUUCCCAACGCUGCAGGGAAUAUCGUAUCCAGACUGAUAUUAGCAAGAAGAAUGCUUCGAUUGACAAGGCUUAUGAGAAGACUUAGAAUUGUUCCAAGGAUCUUUGGAUUAGGACUGAGAAGACCUUUACGGCAGGCCACUCAGGCUGGUGGGCCGUUAACAUUACUGACCAACCGGAUUGGCGAAGCGUAUAACGGAGAUUAUGAUCCAAGAGAUUUUGUGUUUGGAAAUAAAGGUUUUAAUUAUAACAAUACUAAAGAUAUUUUUGAAAAAGGUCAAAGUGAUAGCCAAUCUUAUUCUAAAGAAAACAAUCCGAAUUACCAAAAUGGUGUUGGUGCAACUUCAUAUAACUCACCACCACAAAUAACUUAUUCAAAUCAACCCCACUUACCUCUAGGAUAUUUGCCAAGUGGAAUUAAAUCUGAGAGUGAAAAUUUAGGCAAAUCAUCAUCUGAUGUAAAUAUAAACGAGCAGAAUAAUUUUAGAAAUUUACAGCAAUAUCACCAACUUUUAAAAAACUUACAACAGCUCCAAGAGCUCCAGAAAAGUUUCUAUUCGCCUAAUCAAAAUGUUAAGGCCAAUACUCAAUUAGAAAAAAAUCCUCUAGAAAUUUCAUCUCUCCAUCAGAAUCCGAGACAGCCACAGUAUCAAAGCAGCCAGGAAAGUUUGGGCGACCUUUAUUUAGAUAAACCACUAUCGGCUGAUGAACUACAACAAUUGCAAUUUUUAAAUGAAAUGCUUUCUCGGAUGACGCGUGAACAACAAAUACAAUUAAUUCACCAAAUUCAGCAGUAUCGUGAUCAGCAAAUUCAGGAGUUACAAGAACAGAAAAUUAAGCAACAAAUUCAGCAAUUACAAGAGCAACAGCACCAAGAGGACUUAAAACUUAAAUCAGUGCAGCACCAUUCCAUUCCAGGAUUUCAGCAAACAAACGUAGGUAAUUCUUAUGAGCAGCCCCAACUUCAAAGUAUUCAGCAAAUUAUUGGUUUUAAUCAGCAAAAUAAUAAGCCUUUGCAAAGUCAAGUUUCCUUAACAAACCCUCAACAAAAGUUCCAAGAUAUCCAAACGACAAACCACGGUUAUUCAAAUAACCGCGCGCCACUAGGUUUCAAUUCAUUAUUUGAUAGCCAGCCACAAUCUUUAAAUUCUGAAGAAAAACAAAUUCCCAUCGUAAACCAUCAGCAAGCAAGUAUUCCACAGCUUCAACAUGCGCACCAAGGAAUUUCUAAUGAACAUCUCCAGAACAGUAUCAAGAGUUUGAUAGACUUUCAUCAACAAGUUCAUGCCCCACAACAAAAUCAAUUUACUUUAUCCAACCAAAAUCAGAAUGCAUUGCACGGAUUACAGCACUCUAAUCAACAGACUUCGCCCAACCAGCAACAUCAAGGAAUAGAACAACCUCAACAGCAUACUUUGUCCAAUCAACAACAUGAGAAUUUUCAAAGAUUACAAAAUUCUAUUCAACAACUUUUGUCUAAUCAACAGCUUCCCGGAAUUCAAGGACUGCAACAGUCUAAUCAAGACCAGCUUUACAAGGAAUUAAGUGAUUAUAAUCAGCAACAACAAAACAUUCAUAAACCAAACCACGAAAAUGAAUUUAGUAUAGAAAAGCUUGGCAAUGAACAGCAAGCAAAAAACCUAGGAUCAACUUCCUUUGUGGCUAAUCCAGGAACUUCUUUAUCGACUGGAGGGAAUGUUAUUGGAGUCGGUGUAAAUGUGGGUAUAAAACCAGCUGUAGAUGUAGCUAUUACAAAACCUACUGCUCAAUCAAUUCAACCUUUCCCUCAGUUACAUAAUCCCAUUGCAGUUAAACCCAUUGCCGCACCUCCAGUUGUUGAGCCCCUUGUACCAGUUGGCUUUCUGCCCAAGCCAAUACUUAACCUUAACGGUAGAUUAUUUUUAGGAGCAGAAGUAGGGAAAGACGUUAAGGUUAAUGCAGGAAUUGGACGAUAAUAACAAAUUUAAUAUAUAUUUACAGCCAUACAGUCAAACAUUUUGGCUGAAAAAAAAAUUACAUUGAAGUCUAAUUCAGCUUAUUGCUGAUAUUGCCAUAAGAUUGAAAAGGGUUUGAUUAUUUAGUAACAGACUGAAGUUGUCUAGAAGAAGUGAAUUGUGAGUCUCAAAAUGUCAAACGUGAAGGGGAGAAACUGUAAAUGAAGCAUAGCUAAGAAAAAAUAGAUUAAGAAACAUAUUUAUUUUGGAAUCCUUACACUAUUUUACUAAACAUUUUCAUUCUUGAUAU